AUGGCCAGCAGCACAGCACUGGGUCAGAAGCUGUGUCAAGUGGCUGGUAAAGAAUUUCUGUCAAGGGAUCACAGCCUUCUGACACAAUGGCUUAGAUCACAAAAGAGCCUGCAAAGAACAACCAGGGAGAAAGAAGGAAAACUAGGAGACUGUCAAGUCAGAGAAGGCAAAGGAAGAGAGUGCUUCCAGAAGUUAUGGUAUGAAAAACAGCUGAGAAGUCAGGCAUGGAAUGCAACUUGUGAAAACUGGCAGGCAGUGGAGGCUGCUCUGGAAAAGUACUACCUUUCCAUUUUUUACGGGUUUGAGUUUAUUGUGGGAAUCCUUGGGAAUACUGUUGUUGUUUUUGGCUACCUCUUCUGCCUGAAGAACUGGAACAGCAGUAACAUCUAUCUCUUUAAUCUCUCUAUCUCUGACUUGGCUUUUUUGUGUACCCUCCCCAUGCUGAUGAGAAACUAUGCCCAGGGAAAAUGGACAUAUGGGGAUGUGCUCUGCAUAAGCAACCGAUAUGUACUUCAUGCUAACCUCUACACCAGCAUUCUUUUCCUCACUUUCAUCAGCAUCGAUCGAUACCUGCUCAUGAAGUAUCCGUUCCGGGAACAUUUCCUGCAAAAGAAAAAGUUUGCUGUUUUAAUCUCUUUGGCCAUUUGGGGUUUAGUAACCUUAGAGCUCCUGCCCAUACUUCCUGUUAUAGCUUCCGAAGGCACCAACUGUACUGAUUAUGCAAGUUCUGGAGACCCCAAUAACGUCCUCAUUUACAGCAUGUGUCUAACCUUCUUGGGGUUCCUUAUUCCUCUUUUUGUGAUGUGCUUCUUUUAUUUCAAGAUUGGUGUCUUCCUAAAGCACAGGAGCAGGCAGCUCUCUACUGCUUUGCCCCUUGAGAAGCCUCUCACCUUAGUCAUCAUGGCAGUUGGGAUCUUCUCCAUGCUUUUUACUCCCUAUCACAUCAUGCGAAACGUGAGGAUUGCUUCACGCUGGGGGAUCUGGAAGCAGACGCCAUGCACUAAGGCCACCAUCAACUCCUUGUACAUUGUGACUCGGCCGCUGGCCUUUCUGAACAGUGUCAUCAACCCUGUAUUCUAUUUCUUUAUGGGAGAUCACUUCAGGGAGAUGCUGAUGAAUAAGCUGAGAUACCUCUUCACGUCUCUUACCUCCUUCAGAAGAUGA